GACAUCAAAACAUUCUAAUUGCAUAAUUUAAAAAUAAAUUCUGCAGAUGGAUCUGUAUUUGCAACAAGAGCCUUCAGUAGAGCGAACGGGCAUGCCUCAGACCAAGUGGCGUACAUCCUCCUGUCAGAAGGCGCUUGAUCCUUUGUAAUUCUUCCCUGCAAUUUAUCAGCUGGGUUUCAUGUGUAAGCCGCGCAUAUUCUAAACCAUCUAUAUCAAACAGAAACUCAAACGAGUCCCGCUUAAGUUGUUGAUGGAACUCCAAGUCCCUGCUGACAAAAUGAAUCGCAAGGUUAUACCAGACUGCAUGCUUAAAUGUUGUAGAUAGGCAAACAAUGUACACGGUACGAAAACACAUCUUGCCCAUGGAAGCUUUCCCUAGAUAUGUUUACACGUCUAAAAUCGCCGAUCAACUUGACAAAAAAGGAACAUGCUUACGAUCCAGUUUUCAUUCAGUUACUGUACCACUAUUGGCCGAAACUAUCUUUGUUCCUGACCCACCAUUGGACUUUAGGGAGAUAUGUAUUUCAAUAAUAAGUCACCAUUUGAAUAAACUUUCGGCGGAUGAUUUGCAAUACAAGAACACUGCAAAAGAAGUAAGCAAAUCGGUAUCACCAGAGAAUGGAGACGGAACAACUGAAACAAAACGAAAAGGAUGCAUACAUCCACUAAUUACAAUUACAACAUACGAUGACGUUCAACAUGGCAGCAUCGAACCAUUUAAAGACAACAUCAAUGCCAUUUUAAUCAUAGUAGAAGACAAUCCAAAGGAAGCAAAGAAGGCUUUCCGAUUCGUUAGAAGACAACUAGACAAGAAUAUAAUUGUCAAAUGUUGCUCUCGUGAACAAAUUGCCAUGACCAUUUGUACUACCUUGGAAACAUUUGUUUUGAGAAAGCUGAAAAGUCGAAUAACUGCAUUAAAGGUGCUUUAUGACCAGCUUAAGCCGGUUAAAUUUCAAAUCAACCAAGCGCAGACGACAACUAGGGAGCAAAUAAAUGAAGGAAAUGGCGUUAAAGUUGAAUCAACAGUUAACUCUAAACGACCAAUCGACGAUGUUGGCUCACCGUCUCUCACAAGAUCAGGAAAGAAAUUUCGGGAAACAGAAUGUACAGGGUCGGAAAGAUUGAGUAUUUCGGAUAGACAGCGGAUCGAAAUGAUCAAGGAUACGCUUCAUGAGGCCCAUGCUUUGUACAGAAGAAGCGGAAUUUCUCAAGACGAGAGUCCUUUUGUAGAAGCUGAUGUUCCUGUUCUCAGCAACAAGCUUGCACAAUCUCUUUACAUCAUCGACGACAGAAUUUACGGAUGCGGUUUCAGAAAUACAACACUAGAAGUAUUUGUUAACGUGUCACAAGGUGUUAGAAGUGACCAAGAAUACAAGGGAUUGUGCCUGAAGAUAAAAGCUGCUGCGAAGGACUUCGAUGUUUUCAAAACUGAAAUAAUAGUUGGAAGAUAUGAACAGGUCAACUAUUCUUCCUGUCAAGUGGGCACUAGAAUCAAGAACGACAUGGGGCAGUUUGCGACACUUGGAGGUUUUGCAAGAAAGCAAGGAGAAUUGCAUGUUCUACUCGCUAGACACUUUGCCAACCCUGCAUACGUUCAAUCAAUACAUUACGUCGACGAGAGAUUGGGGAAUACAGCACUUGCACGCGUGUUGUCUGGUUCACGCCGUGGUUUCUAUGAUAUUUCGGUUGCAAAGGUAUCGCCAAAUAUCUCUGCAAAUACAAUGUUUCGGGAUAGCGAAGGUAAGCCGAUGAGUAGUUCGUUAAUGGACAUGUCAACGGUCAAUCGCAGAGAUCUAUGUGAACGUCAUGUUCAUUUCUGGGCAGACGAACCACAACCGAGAGUUGGAAAAAUUGUAAUCCCCGACUUCGAUCAAAGGUCGUCAAACACUCGAUACGUACUCAUCAAAGAAAUACUGGACGACAGUGAAGAACCCAAUGAGUUGAGACCUCGUAGAUUAUGCGAAAAUGGCCAUAGUGGAGCUAUCUUCUGUUUUGAUGAUAUCGAUGGGCAAUGUGUACAUGUAUGUACAAUGCUCAUGGGAUCCAUUAAUAGCAAAGAAAUGGCGAACAACCCAAAUGUGCAGGGCGCGUAUACAUCGUUCCCGCUUAACCAAGGACUCAAACAACUAAAUGAAGAACAUGGCGGAGAUUUUCAAAUCUGCUAAAUAGAGUGAGUAGAAGACAUUAAGCAAACGCUCUCAACAUUACAAGAAAAUACAAAUGAGUUUAUUGACACGUCCGUGUCUAAGGACAUCGUUUAUCUAUGUAUCAGUUGUGCUGAAAGAGAUAAAUUUUGAAAUAGUUUUUGUGGCGUUUGGUCUCGUUGCGUUUCCGUUGGUCAUUUUUGUUUUAAUUGACGAUCAGUGUUUAAAAAUACACUUUGUUUUAGUUGAUGAGCAUUGUUAAAAACAUAAGUUUUUGUAUGUAUAUGUAUUCAUUAAAUUGACAUUUGUAUCGAUACUGAAUGCUAUGAAUAAGGAAAUUAAAACAGAUUGAAAAAGGUUUUAAAUGCAAUGUUUGCAUAAAUUUUGAUAUCAUGUAUGAAAGAGAAUAAUAAAAGAAUUGUUUUCUAUAGUUUAAAAGCAGUUUGAUAAAUUUGAUACUCAAAUAGCAUAGCAUCUUAAAAAGCUGCUCUUUGUGAAACCUUAAAGUUAUUCAAACUUCACACUAUGAAACUUUAGUGAAACGUUACCAAUAGCAUUUUUGUAUUAUUGAUGGAUGGAUUUUCUUGAAUUAUUCAACAUGUAUUCCAGUAAAUAUGCCUUUCGUGUGUAUAUUUAUUAUAUCAUUUCA